CCUUUUCAAACUUCUCAUUCCGUAUCGUAUAUUUCUCCGAUCAACAUCUAUCCGAUUUUAAUAUUUUUUUUUCGAAAAUUUCUAUUCACUAAAAAUAGUGAUGUCUGAAGCGGCCAGAAAGAAACCUUUAUUUUUGAAGGGAAAUAUGGCGAGAGUCCUGGCUUCCAUACGUGAGGAAGAUGAUCUCACACCGACAUACCCCAAGAAGCCCGCUUCUGGAAAAGAGAAGGUGGCAAAAGCACUGUCCCCUGGCGAUCAAAGACAAACUACUUUCAAAAUGCCUUCGCCUAGGAAGCCGAAGGUGGUGAAGCUACUGGGUUCCAUACGGAAGAAAGAGGAUCCCAACCAGACAUCCUCCAAGAUGUCUACGCCUGAAAGGGAGAAGGAGGAAAAGGUGAAGGUGGUGACGGUACUACGAUCCACAGCGAGGCCAGACAAUCUCGAUCAGGGGAAGACGUCCUCCAAGGUGCCUUCGGCUGGGAAGGAGCAGACUGUUAAAGUAAUGCGGUCGGCAAAGAAGGCGGAUCCACGUCCUAAACUGACGUCCCCCAAGAUUCCAUCGGCUGGGAAGGAGAAGGUGGCUAAAGUACUACCUCCAAAUCAAAAACCGAAAAAAAAGGAGGCCUUAACCCUUAAGGACCAAACUCCUGACAAUAUCCCUAAAAACCCUUCAAAGGAAUUAAUGUUAGAAUGGAUCCUUGAUCUACAUGAACGCAUUUUAAAGGUCAACCGCCUCCGCCAGCAGAGGAAGCCUGGCGAAGUACUCAUGCUCCCAGGGGACAGAGAGUGGCUCGAAAAAUGGGAGAAAACCACAGACAAAUUCGUCCUUUGGUCGUUAAUCUCAGGGCUUGUGAUAUUUUUUGGUGCUCUUGUCAACAUUUUCUUUCCACAAGAGUGGAUUCCAAUAAUCGAACAAUAUUGGGAUAUUUUUGGUAGAAUUUUUGGUAGAAUUUAUAAUGUAUUGCUAGAAAUAUUUUAAACGCAAGGUCGAUGAAUAUUUAGCUUACUUUUUUGGAAUUUUCAAUAAAAUUGGUUGUUAUAAAAAUUAUUAUAGAGAUAGGUUAAUCUCUAGCAAACCUUAAA